GCGAUCUAAGAACAGAGAAAAUAGAAAAAAAAUCAAAUAAAAAAUAAUAAAAAUCAGAAAAAAAUCGGGAAUUUUCUUUAAGAUCUGUAGAAAAUAGGGAAGGAUUGGAUGAAGAGAAUUCUGUGGUCCGAUCGUGAUCAGGAGGUCGGUCGGGUGAAAUUCGCGGGGUUUUGUACAUCGGAGUUCGUCGGAGGGCGAUUUUAUCAAGGCGAUCUAUCAUCGGCUUGAACUUCGACGAAUUUGGCGCGGAAUUGUUCUUGAGUUGUUCGAUCGGAGUGUAGAUGGAACUCUGAAGGAUUGCCAUUCACAUAACUAUUGUUGACCUUCUUGUUGUCAUGAAUUACUGAGAUAUGGUGUUGCAUAAGAGGUUGGACUACGGAAAUAAUGGGUACCAGGUUCCACCAAUACCCCAAGUUCCUAAAUCAGCUAAGGGUAAACGUUCUGUUAGGAAGAAAACAGUGCACAAUCAGAUGUGUGCCUUCGACUUGCUUGCAGCGGUGGCAGGAAAGUUGUUACUAGAAAGAGAGAGUUCUAUGGCACCAAAUAAAAUUAUUGGACCCCUAAAUGAUGCAAUAAAAGAGGAACACAUUUAUGAUGAGAAGCCAGUCAAAGAUAAGACUUGUGAUCUGGGAAGCUCUAAUAAGAAUGCAUUGGGUUCUCACCUUGUUACCCAAGGUCAGGUUACUUCAAGGCCUGCUAAUGUUCUUUUGAAAUCUGUUGCAUCAAAUAAGGAGGUUUGCACAGAGAAAAAGUCUCCUUAUAUUGAAGGUAAAGUUAGAGAUAGUGCUCUAGUUGGUCGAAAGGCCUCAACCCCUUGUGGUUUGGAGGAUAACAUGGACAGGGAUGCUAAACCACAUGCUUUGACAAGCUUAAACAAAAGCUUCAAGGCGCAUCAUAAUGGUGAUCAUAUAUUUCAUAAUAGUUUGUCUUCCCAGUGUCAGGAACGUCUUGUAGAUAGAGAUGAUGACGAAAAUUCUUCUGGCUGCAUUCAUCCCAGUGUAACAGCCAAGUCCUUGAAGCAUCAAGGAAUAGGGCACCGUAGGGUAAGAAAGCAGUUAGCAACCAAGUUCUGGAAAGUAGCUACAACAAUGACAAAAGAUAGGGAACUUGCUAACACUGAGGUAGAAAUGAGACCAUCUUUCCGCAACAGGAAGAUUUGUUACACACGACAAAGAACUCAAAGGAGUUCAUUUAAGAGGAGAAAACUUUUCCAGAACUACUCAAUAUCAACUUCUAAGGGAGGAAUUCAUAGUGAAGAGAACAUAGCAUCACCGUCUUCCCUUAAUGGGCAGUUAACAUUGAAACUCAGAAUCAAGUCUUUUAAAGUCCCAGAACUUCUGAUUGAGAUUCCUGAAACUUCAACUGUCGGAUCACUUAAGAGAACUGUUAUGGAGGCUGUAACUGCAAUACUUGGGGGUGGACUACAUGUAGAUGUCCUCCUCCAAGGUAAGAAGGUUAGAGAUGACAAUAAAACAUUAGUUCAAGCUGGAAUUUCUCGUGGAGAUAAGCUGGAUGAUCUGGGCUUUACUUUGGAGCCCAAUUCCAUCCAAGCCCCACCACUGCUCAUUUGUCCUGAAGAGCCCCGUCUUCUUCUUCCCAGUGAUGCUGCUCAGCCACAAACUAAGUUAGAUUUGGUUCCAACAUCAGAUGGUGGGAGGUCUAAUCUCAAAUCAGAACCUCCACUUAACCUCAUUGGGAACUAUCUGGAGAGUGAUCAUGAUUCAGUCCAUUCCCCCGCAGAUACAUUAUCAGUGGAUAAAACAACAGAAGAUGUUCGUCCACUUAUUGCCAUUCCGUCAAUGAGUGUCGAGUCACUGCCUAUGGUUCCAGCUUGUAAAGCUAGACGCUCUGAAAUUGUUCAACGUCGCAUCAGGAGACCCUUCUCUGUCUCUGAAGUGGAAGCGCUCGUCCAGGCAGUCGAAAAGCUUGGUACUGGAAGGUGGAGAGACGUCAAAAUUCGAGCUUUUGACAAUGCCAAACAUCGAACUUACGUAGAUUUGAAGGACAAAUGGAAGACAUUAGUGCACACAGCAAGAAUAUCACCUCAGCAGAGGAGGGGCGAGCCAGUCCCUCAACAACUAUUGGAUCGGGUCCUCUCGGCCCAUGCCUACUGGGCCCAGCAACAGGCCAAGCUCCAGAGCAAGUCGGGCCCUGCUGAUGCCUGCCUGCUCAUCUAAUUUCACCCUUUUUCUUCAGGUAGGAGCAAAACACCUGUAAAAAUAAUGUUGAAAGGAAAUAAUUGAUGGAUAGUCCCGGCGCUUGUAUUUGUAGUAUUCUCUCACACACGCUGUGAAUUCUUAUAGCCAGGGAAGGCUCCUCGUGAUUUUUUAUUGAAAUUUUGAGGGGCUUUUGUGGGCGCUUGUACAUGAUGACUGUUCGAUGAAACGGUAAAGGGAAAAUAAAUUUGCGCUUUGCUACA